ACUGGAGAAAAGAAGGUCAGUUGGAACGUGAUGUCUGGCAGUUACAGGGAGCUGUGGCUAGGAAGAGGGUACUCAGAAGCUGCCCUGGAGUCCUUAACCCCCAAGCAGCCAACAUCGUGUGUCCAGGCCCCUCUACCAGAGACACCGGACAUCUUUGUGACUGACAGAGUGAUCCCAAAUGGAGAAAGACGAGCCCCUACUGUUGGUGACCCCUGUGUCGGUGAAAGCCAUCAUCUCAAGAAUUGAGGCUGCCCAACUAACUCGGGCUCAGGAGGAUAUUUCUUCCCAGCUCUCAGACAUCUUGGACAAUGUCAACUGUGUCAUCAGCCGCUUCCAGGAAGAAUUAGGAUAUGAUUUCAAAAAAAAGGCAAAAUCUCACCAGACAGAGCAAAAGGGCAAGAACAGAUUCAUCUUGCUGGAGAAAAUUACCUCAUUCUCCAACGAUGCUAAGACUAAAGAGAAGCACUUGUAUGAAAUUCUCCACUGGCUAGGUGACUGGGGUGACGGUCUGACCUAUGAGAUCAGGAACAGGAAGAGUGAGGAGGAAGAGGAAGCCCUGGAUGAAUGGAUCGAGGUGAUGGAGAAGGGGUUACCUCUCUCCCUCAUCGCCACCAAAGGAGGCAUCGAGUCUCUCAUUUCCCUCUGCUCCACUCUCAUUGAAGGACAAAGGAAAGGGGCACAAAUGUCCAAACACACCUGGCAGGGCUGGCGGGAACAAAGCCCACGAAAAGUGAUAUCCUGCCCUCAGCCACUGAGCCCAGAGCAGAUGCUCCAGGACAAGCACACUACCUGCAUAAGGGUCUCUGAGGUGAAGUCCAUGCUGCAGGAACUCCUGGACUCCACGAUGUUCAACCAGGGGGAGGUUCGGGCCAUCAGGUACAUGUCUGCUGUGGUCGAGAACCUCAACAAGGCCUUGAUGCUCCAGCACAAGGAGAACAGAAGCCUGGAGGCCAAAUACAGGCACCUGAAAAUAGAGAUGACCAAAGAACUCAGCAGCCAGAGGCUGUAUUUCCAGAAGUCCCUCCAAGUCCUCAAGAGUAAGAGAGAUGCCCUACUAAAGCAGGUAGAAAUUCUAGGGGGAAAGUACCAUGACCUUCUCCUGAGGAAGCGUGCCUUAGAGUUCCAGCUGAACAAGGCUUAGUCUGCUAGAGGUCAAGCAGAAUACUCAGUCAAGAUCUUGGUUGACUCGCCAGCCCCUGCCAAGAAAGAGGCCCUCCGAAAGAAAGAAACAGUCAUAGAGGAAACCCAACAGGAGCCCAAGAAGGAGGAGCAGUUUUCACCACUCUCCCCAAGUCGCCUGGCCAUGACCUGGGAUAGUAGUGCUAGGCCUUCCACAUGUCAACCACUUUCCACCAUGACUGUGCAUUCAAGGACUGCAGAUGUGUACAGCAGCAAGGACACUGAAAAUCUUCAGCCUGUGUUGCCAUCCUCCAUGGAUCACAAGUUUCCUAAGAAAUGGGAAAGACCAUCAGCAGAAAGCCCAGGCCACAAAGUCAAAGACCAGAAGGACUUCUUCCAGGAAGUGACCCAGGAGAAGGAAGGACUCCAGAUGAAGUCCCAUUUUCAGAAGCAGCUGUCCCCAGAGAGCUCUAGGAAGGUGGCCUUGGAGAGCAAGGCAGAGCACUGGGAAGAGGAACUCAGAUGGGAGAGGCGAAGGCAGCAGUGGCUGGAGGAGGAGAUGUGGCUGCAGUGGCAAGAGAAGUGGGCCCUGCUGGAGCGACACCGGGAGAAGCAGCGGCAGUGGGAGCAGGGGGAAGCAGCAAGGGGGUGGCAGCGGAGAUUGGCCCAGGAGCAAGGGGGCCCAUGGAGGGGGCCGGAGCGGACAGGAGAGGACGUGGAGAGAAUGGGCUUCAUGCCCACCAGUCGAUGGAGGGACUUGGAGGAGGCAUCACUGGCACCUCCCCCAAGCCAGGCCCAAUCUGCUCACCAAGGCAGGAGGCCACACUUGCCCAGGUCCCCUAAGACCCAGCAGCCUGCCCCCGGAAACCAGAGGACCAUGAGUUCAGCCGAGUUUACUCAGAAACCACGGGCCCGCUGUGUUCCCACGAAGCCCAAGAAGACGGCCUCCCUUCCUGUCACGGGGACAUCCCUCCGAGAAGUGGCCCAGCCCCCUUUGCAUACAUCCCUAGUAACUCUGAAGGGGAAGGUAUACCACGUGGACGUGGAGGCCCAGAGGAAGAACCUGCAGCUCCUGACUGAGGAGGAUCAGCUGAGGCUGCCCCACUACCUGCGCAACAAGGUGCGGGAGCUCACCACCACCGCUGUGGAGCUGAACGCGCUCAAGCUGUGGUGCCUAUGCCAUAAGUACAUCCUCUACAGACAUUUCCAGAGCCUCCGACAAGAAGUGAUCAACCACGUACAAGUUGUGCGAGAAGCUGGGGCUGCCUACAAGGCCCAGCACCUCUACCUCUUCCUGGAAAACGUCGACCGCCUGCAGAACCUCCUGCUGCAGGCCUGGACAGACAAGCAGAGGGACCUGGAGGAGAAGCGCCGAGAGUGCCUGAGCAGCAUGGUGACCAUGUUCCCCAAGCUCCAGCAGGAGUGGAACAUUAACCUGAACACCCCUGUGGUCACCUCCCCAAAGUCAAGGAAAAGCAAGCCUCCUCCAUCCUUACUGCAGAACAUCCAUUCCAGCAGCCCCUCCUGCAAGCGACACCUGGAGCUCUUUAUGACCAAGCACCAGCAAUGUGUGCCCCUGCGGAUGGCCCACCAACAGGGGAACCAGCUGGAGGCCAUCUGGAAGACUGAUGUGGCCUCCUCCAGUCACCCAGUAGAAAAGAAGACCCCCACCAGCCUGUCCUGGGACCAGCUAGGGGGGUACCCAGAUAUUCCCCGGCUGUUGGCAUUGGAUGUGCAUUCCUCCUACCACAAAAGCUUGAUGUCCCUCAAGGCCCGGUGUCUCCCCUGGGCUGUCUGUCUGACAGGUAAGAUAGCUAUGUGCCUGUACACACCGAGCACUGUCUGCAGUUGGAGAAGUGUCUUAACCUCGACUCUAACUGCCCUGCCCUCCCUUGCUCAGAGCCGAUUUCUGCGCAAAGUACACGAUGGUUCACACGUGUGUGCUGAGAUGCAGUGAUUAUGGAUUCACAGACUUCCAAGGUGGUGCCGACAGAAGAGAGAGCUUAUAACUUGGUUUCUGGGAAGGAACCAAGAUGGGGGUGGAGAGGAAGAAACGUGGAUGGGUAGGAAGGAGCAGGAAAGAGUGAGGGGAGGGAAGAGGGAGUAUUCUGUAACGUGAAACGGGAGGAAGAGUCACAAGAAAAGAAGCAGAGCCCCUGGGAUGUGGCAGAAAUGUUGUGUUAAGCAGUUCCACAUCUGGGUCAGUCUGGGCCCAGCCCUGGACUGGUCUCCCAGAGACGACCAGGGAAGCUCUCGGGUAGGCUGGGUGGGUACUCACAUCUCAGGGCCUUGUUUCAUCUGUUUCCCAACCGGUAACUGUACUAACCGUUUCAGUGCCUCAGUGACCCAAAGAAAGGAAGGCCAGGAACACCCAGAGGAGCCAGCUGAGCUUGUUUGUAAAAAGUCAAACGAGUCCUUCCCCGGAACCCUAAAAAGCCAGAAGGAUCGAGACAAUUGCAGUCCUUGCUCCAUGCCUUAGCCAGUGAUUCUCAAAGUUGUUCCAAAUGCAGAUUCCCAGCUGGUGUUUUUAAACAAACACUCUGGGUACUGCUAAGUAAUCCUAGAACUUUGAGAAACACUACUUUUCUCCUUCAGUCCCCAAACUGUACAUUUUUAAUAAAAUAGAGAUGUUUUUAUUUUUAAAAUUUUCUGCCUCAUUGCUAAAACCCACACCUCCUCAACUCACUCAUUUUUGAAACCAGAUGCAUGACCACCUGGCCACUGACUUAGACACCAGUCACAGGGAUCCCCCCAGUGUUGUGUCUGCCCUCUGGGAGCCGACCAGCCAAGACGGCCAUAAUUAGUGCCUGGCACACAGCAGGGCUCAGUAACUCUAAAAUCAAUCAGAGACAGACAAAUACGUAACAGAUAUACUGAUGAUGAGCGUGAAACUCAGAAGGUAAGAACAGAAGAAGGUACUGAGUACAAGUCAGAGCCAGGUGUGACUGGGUGUGGGAGCAAAGGUGAGUGCAUCUCUAAGAAGUGAGGACAAAGAUGGAAGAAAUAGAGACACGGAGGUUCCAAAUCUAGAUGGUGUGGGCUUAGGAGGCCAUCCCUGUCCGCUAAUUAAUUGUCUUAAUUCAGGGAAGACACUACUUUGGUUGGUUCAUACAGCUUACGAGCACCGCCCCAUCCUCACUCUCCCUUGCACUCCCCUCCCCCUCCUCCCGCCUAGCCAGACCAGACCUAGGGACCAGGCAUGAUAAAACGUUAGCUAGGAAAUUACCCUGUUCUCAGAGGCCCCACAAUCCAGUGAUUCUGUUUCUUAGGAAUGGAACACCCAUCCUUGCUUAAGGUUGAAAUUCUGGAAGGAAGAGGAGGAUGUUGGAUGCAAACUGAUGGCCCUUGGAUGAUGCCAGAGUAGGAUUUAAUUUCUGAGCCACAGCUCAACGUAUCACAAGGAAGCCUGGCGGAGGGAGGAAGGUGAGAGGCGUUUCUGAUGCAGGUCACACACAUGGGACAGCUGUGGCAGGGAAGGGCCAUGUCUAGCCGUUCAGGCUUAUUUUCUGGAGGCCUCACCCCACUGUAGCCAACAUAUUAAAAUGCCCUCAUACUAAAUGUAUUGCUUUAUAAAUAAUUUGAAGGGAAUUUUAUAACUUUGCUUUGGAAAUUAAACGACUAUGAGUAAGUUUUUUUAAUGUAUAGUUGGCUGUGACUUCUCAGCAAUCAUCAUGCAUAGAGAUGAAAUCUAACAAGUUUUGUAAAUAAGAUGAAAAUAUUCUGAAUAUUAAAUUUGACAGAAUA